AUGUGUCUCUGGAUUGUAUUCAUUAUUUUGACCAUUGCUGAAUGCAAUGGAAAUAAUAAUACGAAUUCCACUCGUUUACUUACCGUUCUUCAACGGCAACAAGAAUACCACAACGUUAGUAAAUCAAGUGUACUUGAGUUUCCGUUCGAUUUAGUUGGACAUAUUAGUCACAUUAGUAUUGAUACAAUCACUGUGCGAACACGAUACAACGGUACAAUACGUAUCAAAUUAGCAUGUAUUUAUACAACAAAUAUGUGGAAAGCCGCUUUUCUUCGCAAACAUCCACUUGAACCAUUAACAUAUAAACCUUUGGAAGCAUUUAUCAAACGCGAUGAUCCUGUUCGUGUGCAUGUUAUUGAACGUUCCAUUCAAUCUCCCAGCGCUUAUGUUUUUGGUGAAGUUUACAAUCUGGCAAAGAAUGAUUUAAAUGUAAACAAAGAGUUAGUUCGCCGUGGUUUAGCUGAAGCUGCGCCAACUACAUUGUCCUCAUGUGAUAGCGAAUACUUUCUUCUUGCUCAAGAUCAACCCCAGCGACCAGACGUUCGUUUAGCUUCCUCACGUGAGCGCCGUUCAGUUCCGCAACAUUGUUCAUCGCCUCGGUCGGAAAUUGAACAAGAAGAAUGUCAACAUGUUAUCGACGAUAGACAUUACAAUUACAUGACUAUCAUAGUUAGCACAGUGGCAAUUGUAGCAUUUGUAGCGAAUUUCGAAGCUUAG